AUGACGCAAUUCCUGCUGAUUGAGAACGAGGCGGUUCAAGAGUUGCCGGAGGGAGUGUUCGGCAAUGUCACUUUCGAGGCGAUAAUCAUCUUCUAUGCCGCCGUGGCCACCGUGCAUCCUUCGGCGCUCCUCCCUUCCAAAGAUCGGCUCUACCACGUGCAGAUAUAUUUCAGUGGCUUGGCGGAUUUCCCCUGGGAGGUGCUGCCCGAGCUCACCCAUCUGUACUAUUUGGAUCUCAGAAAUAAUUAUUUGACCGCUCUGCCGCCUGUUUUAAGCCCAAGCCUCACUACCCUCGAUCUCGGCGGCAAUCGAAUAACCAGACUCGAAUCUAACUGGUCUGCGCCAAACCUGACGGUUCUUUCUUUCGAUUAUAGCCCGAUGUCGGAGGUUCAGCAUGGGUUCUUCUGGAGUUUGCCGAAUUUACAGAGGUUCUGGUGCAUUUCCUGCCAACUGGGACAGACUAUACUGAACGGAACGUUGGGUUUUCACAGUCCAGCCUUGGAUCUCGUCAGCCUCGAGCAGAGCACCAUCUCCAGCCUGGAAUCACACUCUAUCACAGGAUUCACAGCAGACGCGAGAAUACGUCUAUCGAAGAAUCAAAUCAGCGAACUGACGGAAGAGUCCUUCCGCCCGAUGCUGGAGGUCCUCUCCUCGGGGGAUGGGAACAUCGAUCUAGCCGAGAAUCCGGUCGAGUGCAGAUGUAGUAUGGCCUGGAUUGUGCUCAAUCCGGACUUCCUGGGAAGCGUGAAGGGUCAAUGCACGAACGGAACUGACUUUCAAGACUUGGAUCCGGAGGUCUUCCAAGACUGCAUCUAAAUCGGUGGAUUUCAAUGAAAUCUACUUCGCAUGAGCCACUUCAAAUUGGAUUCCAGCAAUCCACGUUGACUCGUAGAAUUAUUGGGAGAUCCAGGAUGCAUAAAUAUAAUUUUCCACUUA